GCGUUGACGGCCAAAAGCAAAACCAUUUCGUACAACACGAACAAAUAUGUCUGUCGUCGGAAUUGAUUUGGGUAACUUGAGCACCGUCGUCGCCGUCGCUCGUCGCGGUGGUAUCGACAUCCUCGUCAACGAGGUCUCCAACCGUGCCACUCCCACCCUUAUCGCCUUCGGUCCUAAACAGCGAUACAUCGGCGAAUCUGCGAAGACGAAUGAGAUCUCCAACUACAAGAACACUGUUGGCUCUCUGAAACGAUUGGUCGGACGUAACUACAACGACCCUGAUGUGUUGGAGGUUGAGCAGCAGUACGUUGGUGCUCCCCUCGUUGAGGUCGAUGGUCAGGUCGGUGUUAAGGUCCAGUACCUCGGUGAGGAGAAGACUUUUACCGCUUCCCAGCUUUUGGCUGGUUACCUUUCCAAGAUCAAGCAGACUGCUUCUGCUGAGUUGAAGACUGCCGUUUCUGACGUCGUCAUCACCGUUCCUGCUUGGUACACCGACAUUCAGCGCCGUGGUGUCCUCGAUGCUGCUGAGAUUGCUGGAUUGAACACCCUCCGUAUCAUCAACGACACUACCGCCGCCGCUCUCGGAUACGGUAUCAUCAAGACUGACCUCCCUGAGGACGAGCCCCGCCGUGUCGCCAUCGUCGACGUUGGUCACUCCGACUACUCCGUCUCCAUCUGCGAGUUCAAGAAGGGUCAGCUCGUCGUCAAGGCUACCGCCUACGACCGUCACUUCGGUGGUCGCGACUUCGACAAGGUCCUCGUCGACCACUUCGCUGAGGAGUUCAAGUCCAAGUACAAGGGUCAGGUUGAUGUAAAGUCUAACCCUAAGGCUUUGGUCCGUUUGACCUCUGCUGUUGAGAAGUUGAAGAAGGUUUUGUCUGCUAACUCUGUUGCUCCUUUGAACGUUGAGUCUAUCAUGAACGAUGUCGAUGUUUCUAGUCAGCUUAAGCGUGAGGAGUUGGAGGCGUUGAUGAAGCCUCUUCUUGCGCGCUCUACUGCCCCUAUUGAGAAGGCUUUGUCCAUCGCUGGUCUUACCAAGGAGGACAUUGACUCCGUUGAGGUUAUCGGUGGAUGCACCCGUGUCCCUGCCUUGAAGGAGGCUAUCCAGUCCUACUUCGGCAAGCCCCUCUCUUUCACUCUCAACGCUGACGAGGGUGUCGCCCGUGGUGCUGCUUUCGCUUGCGCUAUCCUUUCCCCCACUACCCGUGUUCGUGACUUCCAGGUCCACGACGUCACCGCCUACCCCAUCAAGUUCACCUGGGAGACCGCUGCCGACAUCCCCGAUGAGGAGACCGAGCUCGAGGUUUUCGGCCAGAACAACGCCGUUCCCUCUACCAAGAUCCUCACUUUCUACCGCAAGGCCGACUUCGACAUCGAGGCUUCCUAUGCUCAGCCUGAGCUCCUUCCCGGCCAGAUCAACCCCUGGAUCGGCAAGUACUCCAUCAAGGGCGUCACCCCCAACGCCCAGGACGACUUCUCCAUGGUCAAGGUUAAGGCCCGCCUUAACCUCCACGGUAUCCUGAACAUCGAGCAGGCCUACGUUGUUGAGGAGAAGGAGGUCGAGGAGCCCAUUCCCCAGCCCGAGACCAAGGAGGGUGAGGAGCCCAUGGAGAUUGACGAGUCCGCCCCCAAGACCCGCAUCGUCAAGAAGCUCAUCAAGACUGGUGACCUUCAGGUCGUUUCGUCUGUGCAGGCCGCCGACGAUUCUCACAUGCUCGCCUACAAGGAGCAGGAGUUGGCUAUGACUACUGAGGACAAGCUCGUUGCUGACACCGAGGACCGCAAGAACGCUCUUGAGGAGUACAUCUACGACAUCCGUGGUAAGCUCGAGGAGGAGUACGCUGCCUUCGCCUCUGACGAGGAGAAGGAGAACCUUAGGGAGUUGUUGAUGAAGACCGAGGACUGGUUGUACGAUGAGGGAUACGAGAGCACCAAGGCCAAGUACGUCGCCAAGAUGGAGGACUUGAUGAGGGUUGGUGGAUUGAUCCGUCAGAGAUAUUUGGAUGCUCAGAACGAGAAGAAGGAGAAGUUGAGAUGUAAAGAAAAGGAUUUUCGGAUUUAAGGAUACCGGGUUCGUUGUAAACGUCGUUUUGCAUGGGUUAGAGAGAUAGGCCGUGUUAUGAGCUACGCUAG